AUGUGGCUCAGGGCCGCUGAUGUCCAGGAUCAGACCGUGACAUGUGCGCAUUGGUGCCCGAAUCCAGCGCCGUCCCUCGGGAGCCACAGGAAUGUGGUUAUGCCUGUUGGGGUGCCUGCUGACGUGUGUGUUCAAGAGCCUGGGAAUUCGUGCUCCGGUUCUGCGCCAGUCGUCUACCUGCUGUCCAGGCUGCUGCAGGAUCGCCAGUGUUUGGUUCUUGGAGGACGCUGGGACUUUGAUGCUGUUUUGUAA